UCUUAGUUCUUACACACUCAUCUUCAGCUUUUGUCAUGUCCUUCUAGCUUAACUUAAGCCCUCCAGUUCCGGGCAAGCAAUGAGAAAUGGGCUUUUUCCGGCGACUCUUCGGCCCCAAAAAGUCCAAAAAGAAGACUAGCAAGGCCGAAGCUUCCACUUCAGCUUCUCAAGAAUGGGGCUUGGACGCCAACAAGCACGCAAUAGCGGUGGCGGCUGCUACUGCCGCCGUGGCCGAGGCAGCUCUCGCAGCGGCUCAUGCGGCGGCGGAGGUCGUCAGACUCACUAACUGCGUUGGGAGUUCCGGGAACGUCAGCUUACCUGUUACCGUCCGCCGUCACCGCCACCUUGCUGCCAUUAAGAUACAGUCAGCUUUCCGGAGAUACUUGGCAAAGAGGGCAUUAAGGGCACUUAGAGCACUGGUGAAGCUUCAAGCAUUGGUGAGAGGUCACAUAGUAAGGAAACAAACGGCGGACAUGCUCAGGCGCAUGCAGACACUGGUUCGGCUCCAGGACCGUGCACGAGCAACUCGCUCACUCAAGGCAGAAUCAGUACAAUCCAGCAGCAAAUCGUCCCUGUCUUACAAUCCUCUCCCAGAAAGUCCUGAUAGAAGUGGAUACCAGCACCGUGUUUAUAGUAGAAAAUUUGAUGGACCCUCAUUGCUGGAGAUGUGUGGUUCAAAUUCAAACGUAAAAGAUGCCACCAGUCUGGAUGGAAGACGUUUGGCCUCGGGAUGGUUAUAUCGGUGGAUGGAAGAAAGUGUAUUGAACAACAGCCGUGAUGCUUCGUCACUGAGAUAUGUUCAAGCAGAUAAUGAGAAGGUUGACAAAAUCCUUGAAGUAGAUACUUGGAAACCUCACUUGGGCUCCCAACGAAAUGCCAGAGCCUUCCAGAGCGCACAGCAUGUUAUGGCUUCAGAGAACUAUAGUCCACUGUUAAUGACAUUUGAUUCCCCAUCCAAACACAUGACAAAAGAACCAAGCUUGAUUCCAAGUCAAUCUUCCAUGGAUUACAACCCAUUGAGCUCUUUGAAUCCUAUAAGAAAAGAUGACGUAGCCGCUUUAAGAACUGCAGACAACAGUCCACAAGCAUUUUCUGCCUCAUCCAGACCUGGAAGUAGGAGUGCUAGAAGAGCUCACUUCUCACCGACAAGGAGCGAGUACUCGUGGGGUUUCGUUAGCAGCUAUGCGGGUUACCCUAGCUACAUGGCUAACACGGAAUCAUCCCGGGCUAAGGUGCGGUCACAGAGUGCCCCAAGACAGAGGCUUGAAUUUGAGAAAUACAGUUUUACAAGAAAAUCAGUCCAGGAGUUCUGUGAAUCAGGCACAUGUCCAGAAACAGGUUUAGCUCAAGAUGCUGAUUUCAGGAAUAAAGCCUUUCUGAGCACCUAGCCACUCGAACAGAACUCGGUGAUAGCUGAUAUUUGCAUGUUUUUGUAUUUGUGUGUAUGUCCACAGAUGUUUUGAGUCUUUGCUACCUGACCUUGAUGUACAAACAAAGCUUUGGCCCCAUGGAUGUCAAAGAGAGGACAUAGUUUCUAAAACUGUGACUGAACCUUCAUUGAUCAGACCUCUAUGAAAAUGUAAUUUUGAUUCUGCUUGUAUCUAAUGUGUAUAGGUUUCCUUUCCCUUGUACCUUCGGAUUCU